ACCGUUCUCUUUCUAAAAAAACAAGCUGUCUCUUCUUCUUCAUCUCGCUAUAGCUCCUGAACUCGCCGGCGGCAGUUGUGACUCCAUCGCCGUCUCUUCCAGCUACCGGAAACCUUCUCUCCGGCGUCCUUUUCAAGCACAUCCUUUCACCAUUGAUCUACUUAGGUCAUAAGAUUUCUCAAGAAACGGAAUGAUCUCAACAAGACCACUCCGUCAGCAAAGCGCAUCUCUAGUCGAACAAAUUCUAACAAUUAUAAUUCAAAACAGACCUUUCGACGCCAAAUUAGCAGCUUCAAUCGUCAAUCCUACACAAACAUGGACUGUCGAUACUGUUUCCGAGGUUCUUCAAUCAAUACCUAGAUUCUUCUUCCAAUCAUCUCGUUCAAUUGGCCGCCAGAAAACCUUCCGUCACCGAACACCUAUUAAGCAGAGGAAACUUCAACUAGAAUCAAAGAGAAUCCGUAAAGGUAUCCUCGUUCUCGGUCCAUCUGCUCAUAGAGAUCCUAACAAUGUGAAGCUAGGUUUGGACAAGGCAUUGGAGUUCUUCUAUUGGCUGGAGAAUCGAUUUGGAUUCAUACACAAUGAAAGAACCUGCAGAGAUAUGGCUUGCGUUCUUGCUAAAGGUAACAGAUUAAACACUCUUUGGAAUUUCUUGAAAGAAAUGUCGGAUAGAGAAGAUAGUAAGGUAGGGAAACUAGUAACAACCAUGACCAUAACCUGUUUGAUAAAAGUCCUAGGAGAAGAAGGGUUAGUCGCGGAAGCAUUAACCGCGUUUUACAGAAUGAAACAAUUCUACUGCAGACCAGAUGUUUGUUCAUACAAUACGAUAAUUCACGCUCUUUGUAGAGUUGGGGAUUUCAAAAAAGCCAAGUUUUUAUUAGAACAGAUGGAAUUACCCGGUUUUAGAUGCCCUCCAGAUACAUUCACAUACACUAUACUCAUCAGUUCUUACUGUAAACAUGCUAUGCAAACUGGAUGCAAGAAGGCUAUUAGGAGGAGAAUGUGGGAAGCUAAUCACUUGUUUCGCAUUAUGGUUUUCAAAGGGUUUAUACCUGAUAUAGUAACGUAUAACUGUUUGAUCGACGGUUGUUGCAAGACUCAUAGGAUAGAGAGGGCACUCGAAUUGUUCAAUGAUAUGAAGAAGGUGAAGGAGAAGGAGAAGAAUGAGGAGAUGUAUUGUGUUCCGAAUAGAGUUACUUAUAAUUCGUUUAUUAGAUAUUAUAGUGCAGUGAAUGAGAUUGAUAAAGCGGUUGAAAUGUUGAGAGCGAUGGGAGAAGAACCGAGUUCGAGUUCUUAUACUCCUAUAAUACAUGCUAUGUGUAGAGCGGGUAGGGUUUUGGAGGCUAGAGAUUUUCUUGUUGAGUUAGUGAAGGGGGGUUCGGUUCCUAGAGAAGAUACGUUUAAGUUGGUUUGCAAGGUAUUGGAUGAAGCGGGAGAGGAGGAUUUAUUGGAUGGUGAAAUAAGGCGGAAAAUUGGAGAUGGUAUAAGAAAUAGAUAUGAUUAUGUUAGGAAAGUUAAACCGAUUAUGGUUCAUCAAUAAGAAGAUUAGAUAAUCAUAUUUAUGAUUGUGGUUUGAUUCCUUUUCACUUUCAU